AUGCGCGUCGUCGCCCUCGCGUGCACCCUCCUCCUCGUCCUCGCGAGCGCGGUCGAGGGCGCGGUGACGUACGUGAAACCACACUGGCAACCCGUGAGCGAGUGGUCUCCGGCGAGCGAUCGAGCCGCCGCCGCGAGCGCGCACUCGGCCGCGAUGAAGAAGUACAGCGAUUUACUCGAGGCGAAUCCUCGGAUGAAACCGUGCGUGUACUGCUGA